CUUACAUAAGGUCCGGCGAAACAUUAGCAGCGGCUAAUCUGAUAUUCCACUUCCCAGGGCGGUCAAGAUUUUCCCAUUGGGCGGCAGAUUUCCAAUUAUCUUGAUACUCAGACUUGCCCACCAACUUUGACCUUGCUUGACGUACCCGUGCGAAUUCAAGUCCCUCGCGCCCGCAAUCGAAAAUACUAUACGGAUCCGAGACAAGAAUUACUUCAAUCAUGGGUGUCGCAAAGAAGACGCGCAAGUUCGCCCAGGUCAAGCGCAUAAUCUCGCGCCGCGACGCGCGCCUCAAAGAAAACCAGACCAAAGCCGCCGACAAAGUCGCCGUCGCCGCAGCCGCCAAACCCUCAGCCACGGGCGACGUCGUCCGCCGCGAAGUCCCGCAGCUCCCCUCGUCGCUCUUCUUCCAGCACAACGAAGCCCUGGUACCCCCCUACAGCGUCCUCGUCGACACCAACUUCCUCAGCCACACCGUGCAGCGCAAGCUGCCGCUCCUCGAGUCCAUGAUGGACUGCCUGUACGCCAAGUGCACCCCCAUCAUCACCAGCUGCGUCAUGGCGGAGCUGGAGAAGCUGGGACCCAAGUAUAGGAUUGCGCUGAGGAUUGCGCGCGACGAGAGGUGGGAGAGGUUGCCGUGUGAUCAUAAGGGUGUUUAUGCUGAUGACUGCAUUGUCGAUCGCGUUAUGAAACACCGCGUAUACAUCGUCGCGACCAACGAUAAGGACCUCUGCCGCCGGAUACGCAAGAUCCCCGGUGUCCCUAUCAUGAACGUAGCUCGGGGGAAAUACGUGAUCGAGAGAUUGCCCGGCGCUCCUCAAUAGUGAGGAUCUAUAGUUAUAGGACAUAUAAUACAUACGCAUGCAUAGCUAUUUAGAGGCAUCCGGCGUUAGGGCAGACAUUAUUAUAUCAAGUUAGGUUGGCUUAAGGCAUACCAGACGGCGUUAAAGGCAGAUAAAAGCAAAAGCAGU